GGUAUGCGAUUAUUACAUUCCACGUAGGCCGUCUUGCCAGCACGAUCUCGACCCGAGCGGAAUUCCGCUCCCUCGUCCACGACACUCGUCGUUACGCAUGCUCCAUCUUGGGAGGGGGAGGACAACAGACCCGGUUCCCCGGUUUUCCAGAUGUUAUUUCAACUAUGUAUGCCGUGUCUCGGUCCGCCAUUGUCAUUGUCCAAUCAUCCCCUCUCCCGUGUGUCCCCAUUUCAGCUGUCUGGUCGAGGGAAAUUUCGGGCUUUCGAUAUUGGUUUCCACGAUUGGUAAGCGUAAUGUCUCUCCACGAUACGUAUCCAUGGGAAAGGGGGAGGGGGAGCAGGAAACCUCGCGUUCCACAGAUUUCGCGUUCUCUCCACGCGAACAGAUUGCGUCGAGUCGCGCCGUCUCCCCCUUCCCAUCUUACAUCCUCCAUCUCCUCUUCGAGACCUCUUCUCGACGUCGUCCUCCUCCUCCUUCUUUUCCUCCGCAUUCAAUUUUCGUGGAUGCAUCGCGGUGUUUGGCAGAGAUCCUGCGGUUUCCUCCUCGUUAUUUUCGAGAGGCGGUGCGCAAGAAUGGGGGAGGGGAGGAAGGAAGGAGCGGGUUGCUUCUUUGGCGCCACGGUUGUUCGGCCGGAUACUUUCUAUCGUGCGGUAAACGCCGGAUGCGGCGGACUCGUACGAACCGUCGAAUUGUUCUAUGGCCCUCGGCAGAUUUAUCGAGCUCGACGACGUCGACUCUCCCUUUCCUCGGCCCCCCUCCCCCCACAAUCGUCUCUGGCACACGAUCGACUCGUUUCUACGCCUCGCUCUUCAAUUCCGACUGUGUUUUCUGCCCGAUUAGACCCCCGGACUGAUUUAUGCGGCUUUAAUCCCGAAAACCCCUCGAAAAUCGUGGCCGGGGACAAAAGUGCCGCUCUCCCUUUGACGCGCCCCGUCCUCCGUAUUUUCGUAUCUCGAACGUCUCUCUCCUCUUCCUUUCCUUCCCUUUCCUUUCUAUAUAGCAUAUGCUUCUUUGAAAAUGUUUUCCUCGUCUUCGUAUUCCUCGAUUUAUCCGGCCAUUGUCCCACGCGAAUUUAGAUAUUCCCUCUCGUGUACGACACGUAAUCGCUGCAGUUGUGCAAAAUCGAUAGAAAAACAUUCACUUGUUAAAAAUUCCUCCUUCACGGAUUUUCCCCAUUUUUCCGUGUUUGGGGGAUAUAAGAUUUCCCCGAAACAUCCGCCCGUUACACGUUUCACACGUGCACGCGAUCGAAGAAGAAAAACGGCGUUCGAUCUCGCUCUCGAUGUAGCCUCGUCUUCCUUCGGGCGGAAUGGUGGUAGGACGUCACCGUUAGACACGUCGAAGGGGCUUGAAAGUUACGGGUUCUCCAUAUUCAUACGUCGCAUCCAUUGUCCGCCUCUCUUUCAAUGUCUUCUCCCCAGGUUUCUUCUUCCUUAAGGAUAAGUGUGUUUCGCAACAACAACCCGCCGUUCGAAAGAUUUGCUCGUAUACGUACACACAUAUACGCGCAUUAUACAUAUAUACGUAGUUUCCCUUGAAAUUCCUGACGUGAGCUUUUCGAAAACACUGGCAAAUCUUAGCGAGAUCCUCUGCAUAAUUCAACCAGCGAAUCAAAAGCGAGAUCGAAUUUUUCCCGAUAGUUUCUUCCUUCCUUUCUUUCUUUCUUUCUUUCUUUCCCCUUUACAAUGGGGGGAAUAAUCCUACGAGACGUUCUCUUAUCCUCCAUUCAGCCCUCCCUCCGACUCGGUUUUCUCCGCUUAACCUUUGGUCCCCUCCCUCCCCCUCCAAUCAGUUCACGAGAUCCUGUUUCCAGGAUUAAAAGAAUCGAGAAGUCGCGAGGCACUCUCUCUCUCUCUCUCUCUUUCUCUCUUUCUCGAGCCCUCGGCUGCGUAAUUGGCACUUUCGAGACCGACAGGUAGGGGGUGUAAUAAAACGAGGAGGAUAGAGCCAGCUUUGAAAGAUUCAUUGCUCGCUGCAAGCCAAGUCUUUGAACCGAAUUUUCUCGCCACCUCUAAAUGAGGCUUCGACUCGAACGGUUUCUCCCGCGAUCUCCGUUCAUAUAAUCUCAGCCUGACAAUUUAACUCUGCCCCAUUCCCUUCGAAUAUUCGAUUCUCCCUCCGUAUUCGAUUCAUCUCUCUCUCUAAAGAAAUAAACGAGCGAUUUAAAUAUCCGUCGGAUGGAAAGUGCAAAGACGAAGGAAUUAAUUCUUCUGGUUUCUCCCGAGUUUUUUAAUGAAAAUUACUCACUUUGCUCGCGUUUGUUUCGCCGGACACGCGAACAACGUUUAAUCAGUUCACGCGCGUGUGUAUUUCCGCGGAAUGACGUGGGAAAGUGAGGCAGGAGGAGGGGGAACCGUACCACAGCAGCGUUGACGCACGUCAAAUAAUCGUGGCCUAUGCUCGUAGAGAGUGCGCGAGUUUCUUUUUCAUUUGCCUUUUUAUUACCGGUCGGUGUAAAAAAAGGAGCGAAUAACAGAGAGAGAGAGAGAGGGAGAGAGAGUUCCGGGCGAAGGGGAAACUUGGAUGAUAUUUGCUCGCGUUCGGUCCGGCUUCCCAAUGUUGAUUUUCAUCGUAAAACGAGCAAUUGAAAGCGUGCUCCACGUGCUCCGCACAGACUUCGUGAAACCGCCGCCAGAUGGAUCCUUCGAUGAAUUCCUCGAUGAAAGGAAAUCUUGGAACGAUCCAACGGCUCGGAGGAAGAACGAGUUAAUGACGCGGCUUAAAUAAAGACUAGACUUUCGUUGAAACGAUAUCUUCCAUCACGUAUAAAGUAAUCGUAUAAAGCAAGCGGGAAAUUUUCACUGCUCGUUGGAAGGUAUAUAUAUAUAUAUACAGUCAAUCACGAAAAAACGUGUUCAUAUACGCGUUAUACACGAAUUCGAUAAGGUGAUUCACACGAAACGCUGUGAACGCGUUUAUAGAAUUUAUAGCGGAAUCGAUCCUUAAAUUUUCAUUUCUUCGGAACGGAGGAAAAUUUUGUACUCGGUGAAAAGUUCGGGGAAAUUAACGGCUUCUAACGUUAUUCCAAAUCGUACGAAUACUAUUGUAUUCUCGUUCAAAAUUUACGUUUAUCGCACAAAUUUUCAUUAAUCACGCGGAACGGGAUCUUCUCCUCGCAAGACGUAACGUAUUCGAGCGCACUUUUGCGAUCGGCCACAAUCUCUCGUUCAAUAGGGAUUUAGCAUUCCCCGGCGAAGUUGCGCUUUGUCUUUCGAACAGGCGUAAACUUUGCUGUUUCUCGCUCGGCCGGCUCUCAGCUAUCUAUCUAUCUAUGUAGCAGGAAUAACGGGGGAGAAAAUGGAGAGCGAGAGGAGGAUAAUUGAAAAGUUGAGGGUUUCGAGGCGAAGGGACCCAGUCAUUUUCUCAAAAUAUUUAACGCCUUAGUCAGCGGAGGGAGAGAGAGGGAGGGAGGUUCGCGAAUGGUUCGCCAGCAGCCGGAAUUCAUUUAUCGCGAGACGGCGAGGCACUUAAUCACGCGACCCUUUCGUUGCUUUCAUUAUCCCCCCGCCUUAUCGUUUCAUAAAGAUAUUAACUCGCCAAGUUGGUGCGAGUCAAGCUUUACCCCGAGCUACCCCGAGGCGUUUUAUUGAAAUCAGGGGGGAGAGAGGGAGGGGAGAAAAUUUUCGAGAAAACUCGAUGCUGCAGCAGCAUCAACAACUGCCAGUUAAACGACCCUUAUUGUUAUUCCGGAGAGGAGGAUUUCGCGAAAUCUUUUCGUAUCGAUCUUUUCGCGACCGCGCGUCCGAGGUGGAGUCAGAGAGAGAGAGUCGGGUUGCAAAUUAGAUCGAAUCGGGCGUCCCCCGAGGAAUAACGUAACAGUUAACAGGUGAUAUCGCGCGUAUUGUGAGAAACCAAGUACAGUUAUAUACCUAUCCCAGUGUAACUCUGCGCGCACGUGGAGGACUAAUAAUUUCGACACCAAAUUAAACGUAAUACCGGAGGAUCGUAUCGCAAUCAAGAUUUAGCGCGCUGGAAACGACUCGAAGAUCGAAGCACAGGAUCGAGGAUGGGCCGAGAUCCUUUGGAACGUCGCUCGCGAGGGAAGGAUCGCUUAGAAAUCACCUCAAUAUGUUUCACGAGUCAUGAUCGAUCGAGUUCGCGAAAAGUGGAAUGUCUCGACGAUUACGUUGCUUCUCCAUCCAUCCAUCCAUCCAUCCAUCCAUGGUUCCAUCGAGAGAUGAAAAUAAAGGGAGGAGGAAGAGAACGAGGAGAGAGAGAGAGAAAGAAAAAUGACGGAACCUCGCUGUUCGAGAUCGUCGAUCCGCGGCGCAUUGUUUCGCUUCGAACGCGAGACUGUUCCUCGUCUCUCUCCCUCUUUCGGGAAACGUGCAAUUCCGCCGACGAACUUCCGGUAAUCGCGUGCAUUCGUGAAGGGCCCUCGUCGAAGAGCGAGUUGACGGAAAGCAGACGGAGAAAGAGGAAGUGGCGUCUCUGCGGGACGGAAAUAGUGUCGGGGGAGGAUGCGUGUGGGGGAGGAGUUGGAGGGAAACGAGGCUGUUGCAGCGGGCCUCGUUCGUGCAAGCGCAUACGUAUCUGCAUGCGGAGCAGGCUUUAAUCGCGGUAGGUAAUCGUCGCUGAAAAGUAAUUUACUCGCACGCGUGCCGUUGACAAAGCCGGCUGCUCGCGACGCUCGUCCCCCCACAUUUUAAAAUCUAAUUGAAAAUCUAAUUAAAACCGGUGCUCGACGACGAGAAGUACCGAAACCGGGGAGGAGGGAGGGGAGGACGACACGAGAAACUGGCACGGCAUCGAUGCGCGCGAAUUCGAAGCGACGAAUUAGCGGGGGAAAAGGAGGGGAGGGGUAGAAAUUCGAAAGGAACAACGACGCGAAGAGAGGAAAAAAAGAAACGCGGUUGUAUAUAAUUAUGGAUGCGAAAACCGUCUCGAUGACUCGUUCGACUGACGCUGAGUGAGAGGAGAGCGAAAUCGGGGCUACGAAGGAGAGCAUCGUCGGUUCUCGAGAAUUUAAUCGAACGGGGGGUUUCAAAGGAAGAAGGGGAAUUGUUACAUAGGUAAAUAUCGGAUCGGAGGAAUAUUAUCGAAAAAACGGGGCGCGUGAGUUUAAUUCGGGGCGAAUAGUGUCUUGCGAAGCCGCGUCACGCACUCUUUUCUUCGAUCGUGCUCGAAACAACCGCGAACGGAGCGGCCGAGAAAAUUUGAUUCGCGUGAUCGCGAUCGAAUUAAUUUCCUCCCUCCCUCUCUUUCUCUCUCGUUCUCGGAGUUCUCGAUCCCGGGGAAAUUUAAUAUUUGUCAAGGGACGAAUAUCCUAUCGCGACGUCGACGAAAGGUAAUCUCAUCCCGCGGUCUAAAGAUAACAUUUCGCUAAUCUGAUUUUCCACGCUCGGCGAGGAACACUGGUAGUGGGAUAAAGUUGGGGGAUAAAAUACCGAGGCCUGGUCAAUUUACAACCGUCGUGCAAAGAUUGUUGUUGUUGUUCCUCCGUUUUCAUUCACCACGUUUUCCAUUUAUAUUCCACAUCCAUUUUUCGAAACUGUUUUUGCCUCCGUUUUCGGAAAAGUCGGAAAGCGACGGAAAUUUGUAAAUUAUCGCGGACAAACGAAAAGCAAACGAGUUUAAUCGCUCCCUAUUAAAAAUGAGAGGGGGGUCGUUAGGAAGAGCGGAGCGAAGUAAUAUUAAAUGGACAGCGAUUGUUCGGUUGAUCGAAUAAAUUGAAAUAAAUCCGGCCGACGCGCGCGAGAUCCGGGAGGGGAGGAGGGGGAGGAGGAGUGAAGCGCGCGCGACCCGUGCGAAUUGCCAAUAUAAUAAAUUAUUCGCGGUCACGAAUAGCGACGUUGCCGAUCCAAUCCGCUGUUCCAAAAACUUUCCGGGCAGAGUUAAAGUCCCCUCCUCUCCUUUUUUCGCCCGAAUUCGUUGCUUUCGCGCGGCCACCACGUCGUUCACAAACGUCGUUCAGCCUUAAUGACGCGCCGUUUGCAACGGCGUAACGACGACGAAUUCGACACGGGCGUUAAAUAAUUCACAGACUUGCCGUAACCGCGUUUCCUCCAGUCAUUCAAUUUCCCUCCCCCAACUUCGUAAUGAAUUUCAGCCCUAGUCGAGUCAGGAUUAGUCGCGCGGAAGACGAAGGUCGCGGAUGGGAGGAAAAGUUGUUUCGCCGUAAUUUCGCCGAAUUUCGUCUUCUGGGAGAACUUCGUCUUCGAUACGAUCGAGUAUUUCCCAUUUCGUUCAGAAAUAUAUGUCUCCGUUGAGAUGCGUGACGGAUGGCGAACGCGUGGACCUCCCUCUUCUCGAACGUUUAAAUAACGCGUUCAGCUUGACCUCGUUACGCUCACGGUGUCGCUCACGAGCGGCCCGCUGCUUUUCCCAAAUUUUUUUUCCCUCCCCCGCCCGUUAAACGUUCUAGUUGGCCCGGAUAAACUUUGCGGUGGAUGGAGUGGCGUCAGCGUGCAAACUUUCGGCGGCCCUUGAAUUUUCCAAACGAAUUUCCCAUCCGAAUUUUCCUCUCCGAUCUCUUUUUCUUUUUCGCAUUUUAUCUCGAAUCUUCUCAACGCGAGGACAAGUUUUUCAUCUUCUCGCAUUCUCCCUUUUCAGUUUCGAACUAAAUUGCGCGUAACGUAAGCCUAACACGAGCACUCUCUCUUAUUCCCGUUUAAUCGUCCACGAUUUUCGAAAUACGCGGAACGCUUGAAAUUUUCAUUUCAAUUCCACGCUUUUUCCACGCUCGAUGCCAUUUUUUAUUUUUCGCAUUUGAGGUGUCGCGCAUUGGACCGUUCAAAAGCGUGCGAGGUUGUUUCGAGGAGAGAUAGAGAUAAGCUUGAUGCCACGACGAUGCUAUUCGCCGUUUUCUUCCCUUCUUUCCUGCUCCACAGGGUAUAUUCCACGGAAAUAUUCCACGAUAUAUUCCCAAAUUGUCGACGAUUGAUCCACACGCGUGCAUAUCAUGGCGUUUUGUUUUUUUGGAGGGGGAAAUUUAUCGAACGAUUUUCAAUCGGUCCCGAGUUUUUCCAAGUCGCGUGCACGCACGGCUCGUUAACCGUGUCGUUGGACGACGACAGAAUGACAGAUGCGCGACGUAAAGCGAGGUGGGGUUAUAGUAGCGUAGGCAAUAAUUAACGAGGCUAAUGAUCAAACAAUAUGAGUAUCGGCCUAUUCACUCUAUGAUCAUUCCCCGUAUCCGCCGGUACAAGCCGGCUCGAUAAUUAAUUGUACGUUAGCCCGGACAAUAUAUUAAAUUCCAUCCGUUUGACGGGCAACGGUCAUCCAUCGCUUCAUCCGUGUUUCAUUAUCGUCGUCCAACGAUAUUACGAUACUCGACGUAUCGGAUACGGCCACUGGUUUUUAUAUCGGCUCUAUAUAUAACCCGAUGGAAUUCGAACGUCGUUAGAACGUGUAUGUUCGGCCAGGUAUACUCCUGUUCAUCCGUGUAUAGCCCCUAUAGUUUAAACAACGAUCCUCGUUAACGGCCAAGUACAGGAUACAAAGUGGAUUAAAAUGAUCGUAUCGGAUGGGGAAAAGUGUUUGAGUGGUAACGGAAUUUAAUUGGUUUUCGUUAGAAAUUAUUUGGGAAUUUGAUUCGUUUGUUUACACUUUUGCUUUGCACUCGUUCACAUUUUUCCUUUUUUUCCAUACGUCCCCCGAAAAAAUACUCGGAAAUACCGUAUAUAUAUAUAUAUGUACAAAAACUAGAUAGAAAAAAGGAGCGCUUUAUCAUCGAAAAAAAGAAGAAAAACACUCGAUAUCGUUGAACGUAAUAAGAACAAAGGUAUUCGCUCGUUGGAGAGAGAUGGGCUCGUCUCUCGAAGGCAUAAUACGACUCGCCACCGGCCAGUUAGUCCUAGGUACGUUAUUGUUAGCUGACGUUUUCAUCUCUUGCCCGACAAUGGAGAGGACCGCGUGGAACGAUAACAAUUAAUCGUGGCGAAAAGAAAAUCCAGUCCCGUAACUCGCUGUUGCGCCGUUUUGUCCGCCGAUGUUCAUAUCGACGUUUUUGACGUACCCCAUUGUCCAUGCUCCAGCAUUUAUCAUGGUGAUUGCGGUGUAAAAAUAAAUUAUAUACCAUCGUUUCAUCGUCACCGCGAACCCAUCCAUCCCCCCCUUUCUCUCCCUCCUUGCUUCCUCGAAACGAUCCCUCCCCCUUUCUCUCCCAAGAGAAACGUUGCGCGACGUUACGCCUUUUAAUCGAUGAAAUCGCGCUACUCCGUUAAACUCUGAUAAUUCGUCGCGAAUUUAUUAUUCGUCACGGCCGUCUGUUUAAAGCUCCAAAGCCAGUUAAUAUAAACCGAGGAAAGGGGAUGGGAAAUGCUUGGUGAAAACGCUCGUGUAUUCGAGGCUGAAAGCUAAAAACCAUGAGAAAAAUUGUUACGAGGCUCUCGUUGCUGCUCUCGCGCACACAGCCAGUCCGUGUGUGUGUGCGUGCGUGGGCGAUAAUACGCGCACGUGCGUGCCUCGUUCGUCUUCCGCGUCUCGCGUUUCGCCAGGGAACGGCGAAAUUUCGGCGAAUUUAACAACGUUGAAAACCGUUGCUCGCCGAUGAUAACGCGAUUAAGGGACCGUCGCGCGGAAAAUAACGUUUGUUCCAGCGGAAACAGCGUAACGGCCGCUCAAUUAGAGGGAGCGGGAUCGAUACAACAGCUCGUUCGGUUCUUCCUUCGAGAAGAGGAAGGCGAAUUUUCGAUCCAACUCGUAAAAAUUUCAAUCUCUCUUUCUCUUUCUCCCUGACCGGAGAGGAAUAAUUAGCUCGAGUCCACGAUAAUCCUCGAUUAACCGAUUAAGGGAUGAAAAAGUGAAGAUACGAUUCGUCGUAUGUAGAAUAUAGCCUCUUCAUGUUGCCUCCAGCUUCAUCCUCUCUCUCUCUCUCUCUCUGGGGACACUGUGCGCCUCCCCUAUCCAAUCUUGGUUCUUUCGAAUCGCGAGUGUCUAUCCAGCGCGUGUGAUUGCGUACUCGCACUGGCGUGAUUCGAGGCGCGGAAAUUAAAGCGCGAUAGAUGGAUAGAGCGCGCGGCGGCGAUGGUGGAGUACGCCGGUUGGUGGCCAGAAAACAGAGAGACUGCGGAGGGUGCGAGCGAAACGGAAUUAGAGAAGAGGGGAAGGGGAACGCAGGCGUUAAAUAUGCAUGCCGGGUAAAGCGGCAACAAUAGAGGGUUCCUCUCCCCUCCCCUCCCCGACCGUCCUCCGCAACCCUCGCGCCGGAGAGGUUCGCAGUUGAUCGUGCGACCCGGGCGCAAAACACACCCCGCUAAUGGCACCCCCGGCACUUUCUACUCGUGAUACCCGCACCUCUCUAUACACCUAUCCACCUACACUCGCCCUCUCCAUCCUCUCAUCCGGUUCUCGCUACUACAGCCUUGCUCCUGCUCUUCCUACUCACGGCUCCAUGAUGCUCGACCUUCCUUUAUAUAUAUAUAUAUUAUAUAUAUAUAUAUAUCUGUUUCAACCCUACGCUUCUCCGAUUCUCGUUUCUGCUUCUCUCCUCCCCUCGACCGUACGUCUCCCUUUCCUUGUUGCCCUAUCCCCUCGCCACGACUUACCGUCUUUUUAAUUCCGUUUCCGGUUCCCCGUGUCUUUUAUAUCGCGCCACGGCUCGAGGGCUGUUGUAUCGAGAGAACGAUUCGUUAGAAAGUCGGUCACGAAAGCCUGUCUCGAGUGCUCGCGGGGGUGCGUCAAGUUUCUCUUUAACGCGCCUCUCUCCACUCCCCUCUCUCUCUUUCCCUCCCUAUCUCGCGUGCGUUUCGUAUUUACUUUUUACGAGAGUCGAUCGGAAGAUUCGCGAGUUCUCCGCCGAGCGAAUUCAAACAUUCGGCGACUUAAUAUCGAGCAAAGCCGGGGGGAUUCGGGUGAAAUCCGGGUAAUACCGUCGUUACGAGGGAUACUUUACAAAGUUCGGAAUGUUGUUCUCGGACAGAUGCUUAUUCGAGGCUAGGCUCGGGAGUUGGAUGAUCUUGUUUCCCUCUUCUAGGUGUUUAUCCUAGAGGGGGUUUCUUUUCGCUUUGGAAAGAGGAGAAAGUUCGAGGCGCAACAUCGAACGCGAUUUCCGAUCAACCGCCGCUGUUCGCCGCUUUUCCAUUUCCAUUUCGUCGUCCAAGCAGAAACGCAGCGACGUUAUCUCUCUCCACUGCUACCACUACUAUUACCAGCACGUAGUCCAGCAGAAGAAGCGCUAAUUUAACUUUCGCGAAAUCACAUCAGAGAGACAUCCUCUCUAAGUCCUUGUUCCUCUCUUUUGUUCGCGACCGUUCCUCCUUCCUUGUAAUAUUUAAACGUCCAACUAAUCUAAAGUUAAUCCGAAGUUGGAUUUCCACGGUGAUAUACCGGUGGUGCCAUGAACCGUCGGUAAACUCGUCGGACUGGUCGGUCGGAGGGGGCGCAAGUACCGAUUGUUGCUUCGCGAAGAAGGAGUCGAGCAGCAGUGGUAGUGGUAGUGGAGGAGGACGAGUGGCCGACAAAACACGCGAAGCGUAGGGGAAGGAGCGGAGGGGGAGCGGAGGGACAGCCUGCUUGAAAUGCGGCCGGCGUUCGCGUCUACUUCCGAUCCAUCUGGCUCAAGACGGGCGACAAAUCGAGUUACCGCCCAAGAAGCCAAGACCAAAGAGUCUUGGCAGCCUUCUUUUCCUUCCUUCCUUCCUUCCUUCCUUCCUCCCUCUCCCGAAAAAAGACUCGGCCGCCUUUGCCAGUCGUAGUUACCAGCCUCUUUCCUUCCUCUCCUCGGGACCGAACCUUCUCGCGCGUCCCCGAAAACCCAUGGUUGGACGGAAACCUCGAGCGAACGUCGAAAGGGGACGUGACUCGAGGAGAAUGAGAGUCGAGGCCUCUAACCCUGUUUAGCGUUCGAGAUCGCGAGUAAAACGAGUUGGCAGCUCGUUAGGAGGUUCGAGUACGAAACCCUCCUUCCAUCGCUGGCGAUAUCACGUUCCUGGAGAAUAUAGCCUCUCCUCGUCAAUUAUCCCUUCUUCUUUUCCUUCUUCUUCGUUUCUGGAUGGGAAGGAGGGAGGGAGGGAGAGAGACGGCUGUGAUCUGGUCAACGCACGGUUCAUUGAAUAAGGUAUCACCAAGGCCCAAGUUUUAUGAGGUUAGCUCCACGUCACUGGUGUGAGUGGUUAACUUGGAGGUAAGUCGGUUAAUGGAGAUGGAGUUUGCGAAAGUAUUCCGCACGCCGCGUUAAAUAAUUUGCGAGCCGGCCUUUCCCCCUCGGUAUCGAGACCAAGUUAGAUUGAUUAUUACAUGCCACGGAUUCCGGGGCAAUUUCUUUUUUCUUUUUCACUUCCUUCCGAUAAUUUUAAUAUCCAUCAUCCCCUCGAAAUUACAGUUCCAUUUUGUCUCGAUUUCAUCGGUUUUUCGCUCUGUUUAACUCCAUCCGUCCCGUUGUUGUUCUCCUCCUUGUUAUUUCGUAUUUCCCGCACGCGGCCACACACGUCCGCACAAAUUUCGUUCCAUCGAGAUAAAUCCACGAAUCGUCUGCCCUCUGCCCUCAGACGCGAUAAAAAUAGCAAGGAACUAACUUCGCUAACAGAAUUCGAGGGAGGGGCGGGGAUGAGUAACCGAAGAAAGACUAGAUGCGAAGGCGAUGAUAACUUUAUUUGGUGUCCCGUAUUGAGGGCAAAAUGGAUUACGAACGGCGCGGUCGGAAUUCCCAUGGGGGAAGGGAGGGAGCGUCGCGAUAUCGCGAUUCGUCGAGGGAUGCCGAGGGAAAUGAGGGAGCGAGAGAAAACAAUAACGAUGAAUCUCGAUCGAUGAACGGAUGGAAAGCUUGGGGUGAGAGGGGGUGAAACUUGUAGUUGCGUUCUGAUUAAUCGUUAAAAAAAAAAAAAAUAAAAAAGGUAAUUUCCGUUGGAAACGACAAGAGUGUGGACACGGACGUUUAAUAAUUCAGUCGGCGUUUCUGGCCGGCAAAAAGUCGGGGGUCGAUCGGAAACAAACUCGUUUCGAUGCUUCGCGGAAGUUUAAACGAAGUCAUGCUUCGACAACGAGCACUCCGGAAACGAUAACAACGCUAAUUGAAAUUCUAUUCGUUCCAUUCCGCGUCGUUUUUCAAAAGAUCGCGUCGAUAUUUCUGCGGUAGAAAGAAAGACUUACUUUAUCCAUCUCGUAUUUAUUUUCUCGUCGACGACUUAAUCUCGAAGAGUUACGGGAUUUAUGCUGAUUGGAAGGAGUGUAAAUUUUCAUACAUGCAAAUACACGUCUUUUAUAUACGCGUCAUUUCGCGGCGAGUGACGUAAAUACGGAAUAUCAUCGUGUAAUUUAGCUUUAAACUCGAUUAAACCGUAUUAAAAUUAGGUAAAGUUUAAAUUGCUAUAACUUUUGAGAUAGCGAUUCGCGAUCAACCAACGACGCUCUUUCGUUUAUUUCGACACGACUUUGAUCAUUUUUAAUCGUUCUCCCGAAACUCGGUUAAAAAUAAGGAAAAAUUUAAACUGCCGUAACUUGGAAUGCGACGAUUUUCGAUCGACGAAUCGUUGGAAGCGCAGAAUCUUGCCCUUUGAAACGCUCUUUCGUUUAUUUCGACACGACUUCUAGAGUAUCGUACCUCGAAGGAAAAGAUAAUUUUUAAUCGUUUCCAUCCUCGUGUUAUUUACACGCUUCUCGCUCGUCUAUCCUACCUAUCCUUGCAGACGAGCGAAGGAUUCUUAAAGGAAGAACGCAGCACGUAGCAUUUCUCGGAGAAGAUAUAAGUCACUCUGUUAUGACUCCAUUCAUAGUCUCCGUGAUAACCGCUAUGGAAAACUUACAUCUCGGCAAUCGAUUGAGGUAUCGGGAUAAAAUAAAAAGUGACUUCGGCGAUAUAUUCUCAAUAAAUUUCUCGCAAUUAUUUAUGUAAAAAUUUUAAAGAUUCACAACGUUCAUUUUACAUGCUGUUGUCAGAUAAUUUUCGUGCAUUUGAUCACGUUCUACGAAAAAAAUCCGCAAUUUACUAAUUAAUCUCCAUCGUUUUCGAGCAAAAUUCUUCGACUCUCUUCAACUACCCCUUCUGAACCCCGUAGUAUCGGAAUGCGUUCGUAGAAAUCGAAGAAUCUCCGCGUCAAUAGAAUUCUUCCCUUGACAUUUUUAUAUACACCACCUCUCGAAUACGCUAUAUUCCAGAAAAAUAUUCGGGAAAAGUGACGAAAAAGCCGGGGCACGGAAGAGGAGCGCACUUUUAUUCGACGGAGAUCGUUUCGCAAUUUACGGCUCGAGCGGAAACAGGUACAUAACGCGAGAGCAAGCGUGGAGAGGCCGGUCGACCAGCCGACCGGCCGGCCGGCCGACUGGCUGGCUGGUUGGGUCGAGGCCUCGUGUGUUUCGUUUGAAAAUUUAAUUUCUCUAAUUAAAGUGCUGGCGUGGCGUGGUACAUCUCUCCCCCUCCCCUCCCCGCUCUUCCCUCCGUCGUGUCCCGGAUGCGGGCCGCGGUCUACCUUUUUCCCCGAGUCACUCGUUUCAUUAGGCUAAUGAAACUUUUCUUUUGACGAAGGCUACGCCAAACAAUUUCGUCAGGGCUUGGGCUUGGGCGGCCACAGGCGGCCGAGCGUCACGCGCUUAACAUUGCGUCGCCGACCGUGUCGGGCGGAACAGCCUCGCGUUUUACGCUUAAUUAGACGCGCUCGCGCGUUUACGCGUUACACGAUAUUUCGCAUCACCCUCCCUCCCCGAGAGACUUUGUUUCCCUCAACCGACGUAACGUGAACGGUAGACGACGGGGAUCUUAAUUUAAGGGAUUUCGUCGCGGGUGAUUACCUGCUCGAAGCACCUUGAAUUCUUGUUACGUCGGGAUAUCAGAAAAGUGUAGGUUUUUCUUCAGACUGGCGCACGAUUUUCUUUUUUUUCUUUCUUUUUCCCUUCACGCGAGGCUACAAGAGGUGAGAGAGAUGGUAGAGCAGAUCGCGGGAGGAAAGAUCGGUGGUAGCGGAAUCGGUGAGGGAAUCAAAGGGACGAAACGGUUUUUGAUUCCACGGCGAGCAAAAAGACGGGGGAAAUUCAUUUCCAUUCGAUAUCCGGAUCGAUCGUCCGCCUUGGGACCGAGAUGCACCGAGAUCGGUCAUCAAGAUACUCCGCGCAACGGGAAAUUAUGUUCCUCCGCGAUGCUUGCUUCGUUUCGUCUUGUUUUGGAUCGAGGCGAAAUAUCACGGUUUCCACGAUUUCACGCGCGAAGAGAUGCAAAGAUCGAAACCCGAUUUCGGUUCUGGGAAGAUCGAGGGGAGGAGGAUAAGGGAAUUCUUCUUUCUUAGAAAACGGAGGGCGGGUAAUACGUUUAAAAGAGAGAUGCAUUUGACGUCCUCCUUUCCCCCUUUCUUUAUGGCGGACGCUGCGAAGACAGGUGAAAAACGACACUAAUUAAUUACUUCCUCGGAUUAAUCUUGUUUUUCAUAGGCGAAUAAAAAGAUAUCGGACGGUGGGAUAGUGGUUUAGUUUGAAUUCCGUUACAGAGCCCGCCGCUGCGAGCUGUGCGGGGUACGGCUCCCUCCGAAACGAGCGAUGAAAAUCGAACGAUUCGUGAAUCUCGCUCGUUUCAUCCGCCAGAGGUUUCCUCUCUGGAAUUUGUAACGGUGUCGGGGUCACGAUCGUUAAAGCCCCCGCAUCUCUUUGGAGCGGUUUCCAGAGAGAGUCGCAUAGAAUCAGGUUCCCGAUCCUGAUUGUGAUUCCGUACAAUUGUUUGAAAUCGAGUUGCUUUCGUUAUAUACACCGCGUGUACCUACCGGGGCAGCAAUAUUUGAACCCAAUUAAAACUUUGUUCACACGAAUUUUUCUAUUUUGCUCCACCGUCUCGUUUCUUUUUAUACGGGAGAGGGAGAGGGGGGGAUAACACAAUCGGAACAUAUAUAUAUAUAUAUAUGUAUACUAUAUACAGAGAAUUCUCUUCUUUCGACUCAUCGAUGCGUGCAAACGUUUCCCCGCUCUUCGUUCCAAAGCGAACAGAAACAAAACGGAGGGAGCGAGAGAGAGGGAGAGGGAGAAGGGAAGAAAGAAAAGAGAAGAAAAUACAAAACUGUCCCGACUUUGCAUCUUUAAGCGGCAGGUAUCUCGGUUCGACGUCCUCGGGAGCGCGAGGCUCGGCCGUGGAUUUCCGGCACGGAUAUGAUUUAUGAAAAGAAUACCGGUCGACGACGACGACGACGACGACGACGCCCUGUUUUCAUUAGCGAGCUAGUCUCUCCUCGUUUAAUUAUAAACCUCGUCACGAGCGUGAAAUUCCGCGUCGCCGUCCACUUUUCGACUCGGCCGGCUUCGUUUCAGCCUAACCAUCGCGAGUCUUUCGCUCCUUUCUUCGGCUUCCACCAUUGCUCCAACCCUCCCCCUCAUCCGUCACCGACCUACCCGUCUUUCCAACGCGUCUCGUGUCUCGUCGCGUUUUAAUUAAUUCUCGAGAUUUCUCGCGGAACGAUAUUACGACCCGACACCGUGCUGCCACCAAACUCGUGGAAACUCGUGCAAUUUGAUCUUCUCGCGAAACCGAGGGAACGGAUUGAUCAAUUUCAAAUCAUUUUUCCCUCUCUCUUCCCGCUCUUCUUCCUUCAGUCCGCGAACGAAAGUCGUCCAGCUCGAUUUUCCAUCCACGUUCCCCGCCGCUAGCUGCUCCCUCUCGAAGCCCUCGUAAUCCGUAAGAUCUCGGAAGACAAGCAUCCGAGCAAGGUGUAGGGGAAACUCUUGGAACGCGAAGAAGCAGCUCGCACAAAGCCCGUGACCCCGUUUAGGAGGCUGUUUAGUAAUUGCUAAUCCCUAGCUGCGCGAUCCUUUCGCCAGCAGCGAGUCUCCUUUAAUCAUCCUCCCCCUAAAUUUAUCUAAUCCGCGAAACCUGCGAGCUUUCUGUCUCGCGCGGGAAAGAGGGCGCGUUUGUCGCGGGAAGGAGAGCGCUGUUGCCAGACAGUUGCACCGGCAAAGUUGAUUUCGCGUCGGUCGAAACUUUGAAACGUAACCGGUUCCCUGUUAACACCGGUUAUUAAUGCUCGCGGCUGUUAACGCGCUGUAUGUAUCCCCGGCCACACCGGUAAUUCGACUCCUUUUGAAUGGCGCCGCGCGUUGAAAUAUCCGCGGAUAGGGCGAAUUAAUGAAUUUACCCCUCCCCAUAUGCUCCAUCUCGAGCUAUUUACGCGUUUCGUUUCGAUGCUCGCGCUCGAUAAAUUAACGAGCAGCAGGAGGAGGAGGAGGGGUAGAUAGGAUGAUUCGAAUAUAUAUAUAUACAGGUUUCCAAUUCGAUUGACCGAUUUUCGCGUGGGUGGUACACGAUUUUCCGUGUGGCGACGUGGUGAAACUGGAUUUGCUUGCUCCGCGUCCGCUCCCUCUAUCUAUCGUUUUUCCAUUACUUUUUUAACUUAAUUGUUGCACCCGUCCGCGACAGGUAUCCGGCGUCAGCUGUUUGACUCGCCUCCUGCCGCCGUCCUCUGCGCAAAGUAAAUUAUCCGCCGGCCUUUAUUCCAUCAGGUACACAAUUGAAUCUUGUUUAGCGCAAUCUCGCUUUUUGAAGUCGCUUUCGGCCCCGUCCAUCUUUAUCUACCCACUUCGCUUUUAUUAAAUCCCUCUCGACUCGCCAGAGGUGGGGAGGAGACCGCUUUUGCCCUCGUUUGGCACACACGCGCGCGCACACGCAGGCACAGUUGUAUCGCUAUGCGACCGCCGACCACGUUUAUCGUCUCGUUGAAUCGUUUCUCCUCGUAUUUCGGACGAUUUACCGUGAUUAACGUGUUGACGACCGUGCGUUGUUAUCGGGGAGACCGCGUCGUUCCUCGCGGAUAACAUUCAACGUGACUUGCCGCGUUAAUCCAACUCCGGCUUAAUUAAAUAUCUCGGUAAUUAAGUUUCUUCGAGCUUUCUUUCUCUCUCGAAUUUCGUCCUCCUCCUCUCCUCGUGGGGAACGAUCGAGCGGAUUGAUGAACAGCUCGAGAGACGAGAGAUCCCUCCUCGGGAACGAUUCUGGAGGGAAAGAUUUACUCGAAAGUACGAAAGAUGAAAACAUCCAUUAAAGGACCGUGUUUAAAAAAGAAAAGAAACGUUCGAAGCUGUUACGCACAGCGAGCAAACACUUCUACCUCGUGCGAGUUCCGUAAAGAUAAUUAUUUACGAAAUUAUUCACGGGAUCCUCCUCCGUAUUUCCAGCUUUCUCGAUCCAGCGAGAUGAAAUUCGAUUUAGCGGGGAUCCCGGCGAGGGCGAGGCCGGGAAAAUACGCGUGGAAGGGGUAUAAAUCCGUAGAGUGGUCAGCCCGUGGCGCAUCCUCCUCUGUGCCACCGUGUAUUAAUUUUCAGGCGGCUGCACGCGGCCAGGGCGAAGUCGCUUGAGCGGCGCGCGGAUGUUAGUUUAACAGGGAUAUUUCAGCCGGACGUGCGCGCCGUACCAAGCCACUUCCGGCCACGGCCGACGUUCCAACGCCGGAAUACACGCCGUAUUUUCGUCUGUGCGCCCCGCGUAUACUCGAUUAACGUUCAACGUUGAACAAAGCUCGGCGCGGGCCGUUAAUCGUCCAGGUUAAUAACGUCGUGCCACCGCACGCCUCGAUUACCUCCCGAUCCCCUCUUCUCGAUCACGAGGCAUCCCAAGGAGAACUUUGCCGCGUUAACCGCCCGUGAACAAUGGAUCCCGUUUUCCUUUUCGACUCGAGGGGGACGAGCGAAUUUCGAGUGGAAAUGCUCGGUAUUCACGUUCAAUUUCGUCUCGAUGUAUUUGCUCGAAAGGCCCUUUUCCGUGUAAACCGUUUUUUUCCUCCGUUUAAUCGAGAGAGAGAGAGAAAGAAAGUUCGUUUCGCUUGAUAAAAUCGCAACGCUCGACGGAAUUUUAAACGAUAUCGCGACAACCGAUGUUUCGAAGGAAUUCGAACGUAGUUUAUUUUUUUUCGCCCGUUCUCCCCUGAAUUAUUCGAAUUAUUGAAGAGAGAGAGAUGCUCAAAGAGCCGUUUCAAAAGCCGACGUGAGCCACUCGAAUCCCGUUUUAACAUUCUUUUUUUGUUUUUUUAUACAUAUAGAUAAGACUCUUCCGUUUAUGCGAGUUUAAAAGUGUACUUAAGCAGUCGAUGCACUUAAAUGUUCCGUACGCGUUCGGAGCAUUCAAUUUACCGUGAUUUUAUUUCACCUUGAAAAUCCCUCCCCCCUUCCUCGUGCAUUAGUACGUGUAUUCCAGACGAAAGAUCACGAGAAGGAGUAAUUAAUCUCGACCAACUAAUUUCGCUCGGCGUCACUUCUUCCCGAUUAUUUUCGAUCCAAAAAAAAGCGACGUUAUUGGUGCGAAUUUGAGUCGCGGGUACAAACCACCUCCCUUUCCAAACUCGCGAAAGAGAGUAAUCCAGAAGGACGAUAAGGACCGGUUCAUUAAUCAGGAGCAUUCCCGCGCUGGCUGGCUGACGGUCCGCUUAAUCGUCCGCGUUGUUAAACGAUCGGUGAGGAGAGGGUCGCGUAGCGCGCCGUUCAUCGACAUUCCCGUCGCGUUUCGCCGGGCAAAAGUUGCUUUCAACGCGUAAACCCCCGACAGUGGCGGGGGGUAAGAGGGUAAAAGGGCCGGCAGGUGGAAAAAGCGAGAGGGGAGGGGAACGUUGAUUGAUCGAGACGCGGAGGAAGGACGAUUUUUCCGCCUCGCUUUUUAUCCACACCCCUCGGUUAUUCUUUCACGAUAGCAGUCGACGCUUCUUCCCCUAGUAUCGAGGGAUCCAUGUCGAAAAUCUUGAACGACUCUGAAUAUUGCGCAAACGCGGUGAAUCGAUCCUGUUUACCGAGCAAACACCUAUUGUUGCGAAAUUGUAUUACGAACGGACGAAUGGCGGUUCGCUUUAACCGUUUGCGGCUGAUCGACGACUACGAUGAUUCUAAUUCCAUUCUAACGCGAAUUGUAUCUGUUCUAUUAUAACCGGUCUUAUCUGUCUCUCCCCCUCGGUCGUUAUUGAAAAUUGAGGACAGGAUGAGCGGCUGCACCUCCGUUUAAAUCUGAAAAGCGUUAAAGGAACUUUUAGACUCGCAAUAGGAAAAUACUGGGAGAUAAAAUCCAGCCUGUCAGACGAAGUUUUAACGGAGGAUAGGAAACGAGGUUGGCGUUACAAAUCUCGUUGUAAUUUUUCGGGAGGGAAAGUUUGGUUCCCCGAGAAAAAUUGGGAUCCAUGGUGCGAUGAUCGUGGAAAGGCAGACGGAGCACCGUCCGUUACACCACUGGCUACCUCGUUUCGGGAGUAAAUUAUGUAGAGAGUCGGUUUGCGUUUCUAGGUGCGGGUCGACUGUUGAAUGUUGCAACGGUCGUUUUUCACCGUCCCCUUGGAGAAUAAAUCAGGAAAGGUCAGAAGGAAGGGGAAGCGCAAGGGAGCGGGGAAGUGGCACUUGACCUUCCGGUUGGUCUCGCGCCACGCGACCUUGCCGCCUCGAAUGACGCGACCCUAUGGAAUAUUUCAUCACGCGUGCAGCUGGUGCACGCUCCUUUCCACACUUGUCUUCUUCGAUUCGAAAUCCCGACGAUAUAUCCCUCCCCUUUCCCUCCCCUUCUUCUCGAUUUGAAACGAAAUUAGGGGAACGACGUUCUCCGGACUUUUCUUUUUCUUUUUUCUUUCUUUUUAUAAUAUUUCCAGCCUUUAGCCGGGAUACUUCGUUUCCCCGCGAUUCCAAUAUCGCUCUGCCCGGCUGACAUUAUUUCAUUAAGCUUCGAAGCUUUAAUGACCUCUCUUAAUUACUUAUCGAUCGCGCAAUGGGAUCAGUCAUUACACCCCCCUCCCCUCCCACAGCCGCGGCAUCGUUUGAACAUCAGGCCACCAAUCGCUGCACUUCCGUUAUUUCCACUCGUUUCUGCGCUUUCCUAUCUCGAACGGAUGAUUAAACGAUUCUUUUUUUCCAAUUAAAAUAUAUUAUUGUAUUCUGGAACAUUUUUAAAUAGCUUUUAAUACCGAUAUAUAUAUGCAAAACAAGGAUCCACUCAUCCCUGUCAUCGAUUAGUCUUCGAACUCGAGAGAAUUCCGUAAUCGGUCUCGUUAAAACAGCCGGCUCGGCUUUCAGGCUUUGGUCCAUUGUUCAAGGACGAAAUAUUCCUCCUUUGCCACGCGUGCCAGAGAGCCUCUGUCUUGGCAACGGUAUCCUCGAGCUUGUUUCGAGAACAAGGCCAUUAGCGACGCCGCGAGAGGUUUUCACCGAGGAGGAGGAGGAGGAGGCUUCCCUCCCGUUUCGCGCCGCCUUUGUAUCUUCGCGUAUAAUAAAUGUCCCGCUCGGCCGGCUCUUAUUGCUCUCCUGAGAGGAACAAGGAACGCAGGAAGACGGGAAGGGGAUGGAAUGUCAAUAAGGAACGAAACCCGAUAGACAAACGCGGACGUCGAAGUUGGUGAAAAAUAGAAGGGGAUACCUUUCGCUGGGGUUGGAAUAAUCGCGAGCGAGCCGAAUCCAUUGCCGAGAGAAAUUUGUCUUUCGGAUUGAACCGAGAAAGAUAGAGAGAAUAUUAUUCGGAUUGAUAACGAAGUUAGUUGUUUUCGAAAGGGGGAUAAUGUUGUUCCAGCAAUUUUUAACUUGGGAGAAAUAAACGUGCUAUCUCUAUCGGAGAAUACGAUUAGGAUAAACAAGUUAAACGAUUGAUACGUGGCAAGAGGAGAGGAGAAAAGGGAGGAACGAUACCUUUCCUAAAUUGUCUUGGCGACGAGCUCGCGGCUAAAAAUCAAUGACAUUUAAGAGGAGCGAGGUGAAGAAAGGGAGUGGGAGGAAAAAAGAAGCGGAGAUCAUUGAGACGGGGGAGUGUUUUAUUUCUCGUGGGCCAACAAAAUCGACGACGAGCCGAGGUUGAAUCGAGGAAUCGAAAGGAAGGGUGGCGAGGUCGAGGAGGUGGCGAAAUGUUAAUACGGGAGGGAGAAUCCGUAGAAGGGAAGAGAAGAGGGGAGGAAGAAGAAAAACGAAGAAAGAACGAAAUGGCACGCGAAGUGGCCGGGAGAGCGAAGCGGCUAAACGAAGCGGUGGUUGGUCGACUGGCUGGUCUCGACGAGUUCCGCUUUAAAGAUAACGAAGCGAGUUCUUCGCGGGAUAAAGGACCGACGGCUGCUGCUAAUGGCCGACGGACUGGAGGACUGGAGGCACGGCUCUCAUACACACACACACGCGGGUGUGUGAAACACGGGUCCACACUCGCAUAGCAGAAACACGUAGCGGGAAGCUUUGAGGGGCUUUGGGCGCGUGAAGGAUACGUAUAGACGAGAACAAGAUGGGAACACAAACGACUGGAAGCGUUACGGAACGACUAACACCGAAAAGCUUCUUUCCUGAGCUCGCGUCACCGAGUUGUAGGCUAAAACUUUUAUGAUUUCGUUCGUGUCGGGUCGGUGCGCGCGCGCGGCCUCGAAUAAGCAAAGGGAAGAGGGAAAGAGAGAGAGAGAGAGAGUCUUUCUCUCGUCGGUGGUGGAAGACAAAUGGCGAACGAAGGAGAGAGAGAGAGAAAGGGAACGAGGUCGAAUAUCCGACUAACUCGGAUCGGAGGAGGACCCGAUUGGAGCGUGAUUCGAUGGAUCUCUGGUAGAAAUACUACUCGGUAUCCGAUCGAGGCGGGGUGGUGGUAAUCUGUAUCAGGCCGGGCAAGAAUCGCGCGAUUCAUAAGAAUUCGAUCAACGACGCUUCGUUCACAUCCUCGGGAUGAUUUAUCGUUCACGAUCGGGGGCUCUCCACGAGGCCCCGGGCUCUUUCAUUCGUCGCCUCACGGAUCAAAUUGAAUCCGGUCGAAUCGAUUCGAAGCCGAAUCGACUUUCAUCGGGGUUCGGGUUGAAAUUUUCCUCGCACUUAGCGUUACCCUCGAGUAAAAAGGGAGAGAGAGAGAGAGAAUUCAGCCAAGUUCUCCACGAUUGAAGGAGAGCGUUCACCUUAAAAGGUAACGCGACUCGGUUUUUUUCUUCUUUUUUUUAAAAAUACUGCUCUCGGUCGGUGUGGAUACGCGCAUCGGGAGCCAAGUUUCUCGCCGUUUCGCUCGAGGAACUCGAGGAUGGAAAGCGAUUCGAGGCCAGGAUCGGAGAAAGUGGCCUCCCAUUCCUUCGAGAUGGAACGCUCGCGUUGUUAUUCGCUCGAACCAGUUUUCCUCUUCGCUUACGAAACCGCCUUAUGAAUCUUGCCUUUGCUGGGCCACGCCUAGACACGCGCGUGUCUCCUCUCUCUCGAUUCCUUCAGUGAAAUCGUAACGACGCCGGCGCCUGAAUAAUUUCGUCGUGGAAGCUGGAGCUAUGUGACCGGUCGCCCCUUUAAAGUCGAAAACUUUAAAGAAGCCGACUGAAACCGCGGAAAUUCGUACGCGAGUCGCUAAUGUGCUCGAGAAAGGUAAAUACGGGCGGCAAGAUUGCGCGCCCUCGUGCAAAGUUUAAGCCCUUGUUGCGCAAAGAGAAAGACAAAGAGGGAGAGAGAGAGAGAGGAAAAGGUCUCGAAACUCCAUUGUACGGAGUCAUUAUUCACUUGGACUACUUUUGGAGAGAGUAUUACGCGACGCCGCUUUCAGCCGGGGGAUACCCAAGUCCCCGCAAGACGCAUGUUCUUUUGCAUGCUCCACGUCAUCGACGCCGGCCUCUCAUCCUUCUCGCGAGAUCGCUUCGUCUGGAUCGAAAUAAUUUCUUUAAUCGUGUUUGCCUUCUCUCUUUCUGUCUCGUACGUUCCUACGAAUCCACGGUUUAAUCGUUCUUAGUCAACGAUAUUUCCCUUUCCUUUUACUUCUUUUCUUCGCAAUCGUGUGGGGCGUGUCGAGUAGCUGUUGCGCGGUUACGACGGCGGUGGAAAGGAGAAAAAAAAAAAAAGAAAAAGAAAAAUCGAUGGCACCGGUUUCCUCGGCGGUUUCCUCGGAAAAGCCGAGACUCUCGAGAACGCCACGCGCUUUUAUUUGUACGCAAGAAUAUCCGGUUCGCAACGAGGGAACGCGCAUUCAACGGCACGAUUCCGUUGAAAAUACGGGCUCGAGUUACGGACGUUGGUUGGAACAAAAAAGGGGGCGAGGAGAGAGAGAGAGAGAGAGGCGAUGCGUCGUUCGAUGUUCAUUGUUCCCCUCGAGUGGGCUGUUUUCUUCGGGAAAAAUUAGGGGAAUGGCCGAGCUCGCGUAAAAAUCUGCCUAUUUUCCGGGGCCCGAGCCUUUUCCAGUUUACCAGCGUUUCACCAGACCCUUCGCUUUCUUCUCCCUUUCCUUUCUUUUUCCUUUCUUCUUCUUCUCCUUCUUCUUUCCUUUUUCAUUAGCCAACCGAGCGAUAUCGAAAGGAAAGAGCGUUAUAACGUCGCCCGCUCGUUGGAUGAAUAGUUAAUCAAGCUCGGAACCCGAUUAAGGCGCGGGGGCCGUCAACCGGCCAAAUUAACAGAACAUUUUCCUUGAAAUUUUCAGAUUCGUCGCCAAAGCCGAAUUGUCGACUCCUCGCCCCGGAAUAAUUAAUCAAGCGCGUUUCACUGCCUCGCCCCUCCAAUCGAGAGGAUCGAACACGGUCUCUCGCCUCCUCAGAUAUUUAGAUCUUGGAAAAUUCUCAAUAAUUUACGCGAAUUCUUAAAUCUUUUCGAAACGGAUGAAUCGGUAAUCUCGCCCGGUCGCGACUAAUUCUAAUUUUAAAAGCGUUAAUCCGACUAAUAUCCUCGAUCCGUUCCCACCCCGUGAACUCUGAUAACGUUACUUGGAUAAAAGAUGGACGUUCCAUCGAAAAGAACGUUUUUGCCUCCGCCACAUUCGUGGAUGGAUCAUUUGUGUCUUGGCGUAUCGAAACAUCUCCGGCGAAAACUUCUCAACGGCUGGCAAAGGGAGACCUCGCCAUUCCUCACCGAAUAUGCACUGCGAGCGCGGCUCGUUUGGAGAGAGGACUACUAAAAAAAAAAAAAAAAGAAAAAAAGGAAGAAGGAAAAAAAAGAGCGACAAAGGAGAGGAAAUCCGACAACUGGGAGGAGGAUUUUCCACUUCGGAUACGUCACUCGCGCCGAGGGAGGGAGAGACGGGCAAAAAUUUUCAAACGGUUCAAGUUAAGAAUAAAGUUACUUCGGUAAGUUGCAUGAAUAAUUCAAAGCGUUAACCGUAACGCUUUUGAGAUUAUAUACGAAUGAAACGGUUAAUUAUAAACUGCGAAUAAAUGUUACCUACACUUUAAAUAAAAUUAUUACUUAAAGUA